UUUUUAGGCAUCAUUUUGGCCGGUGUCAGAUGCUAUGUGUUACAUUGCGUCCCAUUACCAACCGAGUCGCCUGUGGCGACGCCACUUCCGCCUCCCGCCAAUGAUCAAGCUGGACUUCCACGAGGCACGAUGGAUCUUUUGGUCGGUCACCAGAAUCAACCCGAGACCGACGCGUUAAUGCAUCCCGAGCAUCAUCACCAGCAUCACCAGCAUCACCAUCAUCAUCAUGGCAAUCACAAGAAACGCAGCUCUCAGAGCUCUCAUUCCGACGAAGCCUAAUAAUGAUCGAUGUUAGAAUAUAUCGGCUAAUUAAAUGGAUUCAUUUAGUCAUGAAAAUAUAUAUAUAUAUAUAUAUGAAAAUAUAUAUAAUAUAUAUAUAUAUAUAUAUAUAUAUUCAAAGAACUUCUGAAUCGCUGCAAACCAAAUUAGAAAGAGAAAGAAAGGAAUAUAGAUGAAGGAAAAUUAAAGAGAAAAUGAAAUUACGAAAAAAUAUAAGUUAAAGCUUCUGAAAAGUAAAAUGAAGAAUAAAUGGUGAGAAGAGUCUGCACGUGUAUAUUAUACUCGAUUCUUUUAUCUUUUGUAACUUUCUAUAUAUAUAUAGAAAGAUAUAUAUAUAUAUUAUCGAUAUGCAUACGUGUACUCAGUUUGAAUCGUCACUGAGGAAAGUGCACUUUUCUAUGUUGUACGCUUGGUGUUCGGACUUUAUCUGAUCACAAUAUCGUUUUAUUGAUGUUAUUACUCUUUGGUAUAUUACUCUUGGAUAAAGAAUAUUGUACGAUAGAUAGAGAUUCUUUCGGUUACUUAUAGAUGCAAAUAGCGGUUGAAAGAUCUUGCAUGGGAAAUAAGGAACGGAAUAACUUUCUUAUCGCAGUUUCUGAAGAUAAAGUCGAUCAACGUGGUAUAAAAUUUUAUGAACGAACUUUCUAUAUCUAGAGAGAAAAUUUUUCUUGGAAGUUUGCAAUCUUGUUUUAACUUUAAAAUCAUUUAAAGUUAAAGGAAAUAAAUGUUAAGGAUAUUUUAAAUAAGUUUUUUUUUUACUUUAUUUGAGAGAUUACUGAAUAUUGUUGACACUUUAUGAAUGUUUUACUUAGUUUUAUUUUUUUUUUUUUAUAGAAAUAUUUUAUUUAUAUGUAUAUUGAUUUGUACGUAACAAUGUUAGAAGAUUAGAAAUCUAAUUAUAAGGAAAGUAAUAAGUAAUUAUAGUUCUUCCAUGAUAAAAGAUAUAUUAAUUUAUAAUACAAAAUGGGAAAAAAAGAAAAAAAAUUCUCAAAUCGAACACCUUGCAUACAAUUGAAAACUGUUCGUUAUUAUUAUAAAAAGACUAACUCCUUCUUUUUCAAAAACCAAAGAAAGCUCUGUACAAAAAAAAAAAUAAUAUAUAUAUAUAUAACAAACAUGUUGUAUACAUAGAAUAGAUGCAUUAUAUGUAUAUUUCUAAUGCGAUUAACCGGAACGUUCUACGCACGAGCAUAAUGAGACAGAAGAUAAGAACAAAUGAAUUCUUGAAAACACAUGAAGAAGAAGAAAAAUCUGA